AAACAACAUUGAAUCGAACCACUGAAAUUGUAUUAAUGACCCUCUCAUAACUUGAAGUCUUCUAGUUUUUCGAAAAGUUUUGGAAGAAAAAGUUUUCAAAUGAUGUAAGGUAUAGUUCAAAAUAUUUACUUUGAGAUCUCUACGACACCGAGGAGCUCCUUCGCAAAAAGAGGAACGUCACGCCAUGUGAGUUAAGUUUGGAUUAAUAUCUGCGAAAGAAACGCAUUUCAUUUCCUUCCCAGAUUACUCGAACAAUCUCAUCCUAGAAAUACAUGACAAGAGCUUGCGUCACUUUUUCAUCUUUUUUCUUCAUUAUUCAACAUACAAGAUUGCGAUUAGUUCACACGAAUAAUUUUCCUUAUGAUAAAUGCUAUGCAUAGUUUAAAAUUUAAUUAGCCUACAUGAUCAAGUAAAAUCGAGGAGAAUUCUAAUGUUUUUAGUUUUGGAUCAUUAUUGAUUUCUUCUUACAGUACCCUGGCUGUGGCACAUAUUUUUGUAGCUUGAGUAGUACUGGAUUUCACACAAGAUGUCAGAAAACGUGGAGGAAUUUCCACUUGGACCUCCUCCUUCCUAUGAAAUUACACAGAAAGUGAACAAUAACACCGACUUGGAAAAGAAAGAUAUCGUCAAUCAUUUUAUUGAAAUUUCCGACUAUUUUGAAUUUGAGGAUCCUCCACCAUACAAGGAAAAAGAAUCCUCGAGAGUUUGUGAAGACACCAGUGGAUUCCAGUUUGUCUUUCCACUUAUAACACGUCCUUGGAAAAGAUUCUUCACUGUAUGUCUGAGAGGCCAGUGCAAUCUUGCUCCUGAAAAUUUUGGCCAGAACAUGACAUACUAUCAGCUGAAUUAUUCGUGGAUUUUGUUGAUUGUUGUUAUUGUUGCUGUCGUAGUGUAAGUAUAAUAUAAGCUGGACACCUUUACCCAGCCUCUGUAUGUAAAUUUAUGUUUAAGUUUGUGACCUCAGUUUUCUUCGUUUUCAGGAGGAAAAGUGACUAAAACUGUGAGAGCCUUAAUACAAAAGUUUGAAAAGGCAAUAAAUCACAUUUUGCAAUGGUUUACCAGGAUGAUAACCCAUGCAUGAUGUGGGGAGUAUUUAGAAAAAUUUUGUAAAUCAUGGGCCAAAAAUUGAUUUCAUGAAAUCAGUAUGGGCUUACCAGUAUGAGAAAGGUUGCUUUUUUGACCAAUCAGAGUGCAUGAAGAUUGAAUCUUGGCGAGGUCUGGAGUCUGGCAUGAGUGUAUAAUGAUAUGUGAAACAAGAAUGGUGAUUUAUUUUUUUGAUGUCUUGUCAACUGUUUAACUAUCAUGUUCUCAGGACUGAUUCAGAGGAUUUGAACUUUUGCGUUCUUUGGACAAGUUUUUCAGUCCUUCUGAUCUACGUGCUAAACAUGGUUGGGUUCUGCCCCAUCACUUUGUUAGGUAAGCACAACUGCUGUCCCAAAACUCCGAAAGUGAUAACCAAACUGCAAUCAUCAUUGUUGUUGUCAUUGAUAUUGUCAUUAUCAUCUAUUGUUAUUAUAAUAAACAAGUAGGCACAUAGGUCCUUACAUAUUGAUACUAAUGAUAAUACCCAGUUCAGCUGCUCCAAUCUGUUCCUUAAAACAAGUCAGAAUUGAAGAAAUUAUUUGUGAACUUUAUUUCAAUAAAUUUUCUUCAAAGUUGGAGAAUUCUUUCGGGGAAGGGGGGGGGGCUUUUUUAGCUAUGUCCACAGAUGCAUAUAACUUGGCUAAAUUUAUACAAAUUCUUUUGUUGGCACCUAAUUAAUGAUACAUGUUAUUGUUGUGCAUUUACACAUAUCCAUCCUAGUGGGCUUUUCAAAAAAAAAAAUUUUACUCUUUUCAUUUAUGUUGUUCAUGUGUAGAUUAAAGGCCUGAACUUACAGGAGAAUAUGUUUGUGAAGAUAUGAAUAAAGUUGUGUUGAAUGAUUUACAUGGAUGUGAAGUCGAAGUAUCAUUCUUUUCAUUUUUAGUAAUUUUUGUUCAACUGUAUUUCAGGUCAGAAGCUGUCCCUUUCAGAACAGUUAACAGCUCUGGUCAUGUUUCAACUUCCUUUCUAUGGUUUGCUUUCAGGAGCUGUACCUUUAAUAUUUUAUAUUGGUAAGAUCCACUGUCAUUUUAUUUUUUAAACUUCUUUUUUUUGUGGUUUAUUUAUUUUUCACCCCCUAUUACUUAACCCUUUAACUCCCAAGAUCUGAUUCUCAAUUCUCCCCUCUAGCUGCUACAUAUUUCCUUGUUAAUAAGUUAUGAGAAUUUGGUGUUGGGUCAAGAUAACAACUCCUACCUGAUACAUUUGAGUAUUCUCAUUACCUGUUUGCUGGAUAGGGCAUAGAUAUUGUAGGGAGAAGUUACUUGUUAAUCACUUCCGGGAGUUAAAGGGUUAAAUGGUGUACACAGUGCAGUGGUAAAUUAAUUAUAGUGUUCCUGGUCCUAGCCUUCGCCUGCAGCUUAUGUGUCAUGGAUUAGGACACUAAGCUAGUAGGCACAAAAGAGAGAGGGAGAAAGUAGGUUGAGUUCUUGAAAUCACUUGUGGUAACACAGGCUUUUCUAGGGUCAAGGGAGUAAGUUUUUUAAAGAGGCUGUGCUUCUGGGUCAUGGGGGGGGGGGUGGGUAGCACAAGGUAAUUUGGUUUUAUCAAAUAAGUUGAUAAAUAAUGUAAAUUGGCCACUGGAAGGAGUUUACAAAGUUGACAUUUCAAGUUCAAGUAUCAGAGCAAGUAGAGGAUUUGUGAGUUGUUGUAGCUAUUUACUCUGACAGAAGGCUAAUGCUUGAAACUUCAGCUUUACAAACUCUUUACAGUAGCCAAUUUACCUUAUUUUAUUUAUCAACUCAGUUUAUAAAUUAAAACAAAUUGUCUUGUAGAGUCAGCCUGCUAAAUCCUCUCAGACUUGACUUCCCUUAAAUGUAUUGUUUUAACCCUGACCUUAUGCAGGUUUAAAGGCAGAAUUUUUAUACUCCAUACACCAGCCAUAUUUUUGUCUCUUUGUUUAAAUUUUUAUAUUUGUCUUUGUUAGUGUAGGUGUAGAUUUCUAUGUCACUCUUAACAGUCAGUAUUUUUUUUUUCAGCUCCAUUUGCCUUUGUGUGGUUAUCUCAUAUUUUUCUUUGUGUGGGUGUAGAUUUCUAUAUCACUCUUAACCAUCAGUAUUUUUUUUUCCAGCUCCAUUUGCCUUUUUUGUGAUGAUCCAUGCAUGUUUGACACCAGUGAACAAGGCUGUUACAUGGAUUAGCAAAAUUCACCACAUCUGAAUGGAGAGUUGUGGAAAAUUCAGCUUUCUUUUGACUUAAGCAAUAAAUGAGGGAAUUCUUUUUUUUGCACCCAGGUAGAAAAUUAAACAUGGUGCAAGUAUGGGAAGGGAUAUUUGCAGUAGUGAGGGUGUUCAAGGUGUUUUAAUCAAACCUAUACCUUUAAUAUUAUUUAUCAUAAUUUUUUUAAUAGAUGUAGGAUAAUUUAUUUUAAUUUUUAAGGUGUUGCUAAGUUAUAGAUAUAUAUAAGAGCACUGAUCUGUAUUAUGGUAAGUUAGCUGUAAGUUUGGACAUCUCUUUCCCUGCUUAUUCCUUUGUGUGUUUGAGUAUCAAGAAAUCUGAAAAUUUUUUGGGAAUUUGUUGUUGUUGUUGUUGUGAUGGACUAACCUUGGAAAGAAGAAGUGUUAGUAGUAUAAAAAUUUAGAAGAGAGGGAGAUUUGAGCUCAAAAUUACUUGCAAUUAAAAGUACAAUACACUUGAUAAUUCUGCACAAAAAAUUUUUGACUACUAAUAUGAUUUAAUUUGAAAACAGUAAUUGUUGUUAUUUUAAAUUCCUCUGUAAUUAUUCAAAGAUAACUGCAUAGAUAUUUCAUAGGACAAAAUUUUCAAUAUCUCUGUGGAGCACUCACUAGAGACACUAUGUCCAAAGUUGGAUACUAAGUAAUUGAUCAGACUGAUAUACUUAUUUCUGACAAACUUAGAAAUAAUGUAAGCAAGGUUGAUCUUUGUUGGAAGAAAUCACUUAAAACAAACUCAGGGUGUUUUGGUAGUCAUAAAGUGAAGUAUUUUAAGUACUAUGCGCCCGUUGCAUACAGUUAUACAUACUGGUAGCCUUGACAAGAGAAUUAUCUUGUUGAUAAUGAUUGACAUUCAGUUUGUGAUUCAUUUUCACUUAACCCUUUAACUCCCAGAAGUGAUUAACAUGUAAUUUCUCCCUAAAAUAUCCAUAUAUUAUUUAGCAAACAGGUAAUGAAAAUACUCAAACAUAUUGGGUACAAGUUGUUAUCUUGAUCUAACAUUAAAUUCUCAUAACUAAUUUACAAGGAAAUGUUUAGCAGCUGGAUGGGAGAAUUAAUUAUAUCAUAUUAUCUCAUAUCAUGUUGGCUGAAACUGAGCCAAACUCAAUUGAGUUAAUGAAUUGUGAAAUAUGCAAUAAUUUGGUAAAAUGCUCUCUUCUAAAUGGGAAGGUGCAUGUGAUCAACAUCUUAAUAAAGAUGUGAAAUCCAGACUCAGGUCCUACUACUUUUUCUCCUCUGAGCUUCUAAACCACUGAGAAAUCUUGCAUUAUAAGGGUGUUAAGGAUAUAUAGGUUACAUAAGAUCUUCAAUAAGCUGUUUCUUUUGAACUGGGAUUUCCAGCAGGUACUCAAUGAAGGAUAGAGUUGUGAUGUACCUUACAAAGUCAGAUGAGUGCAGGGUGUCUCUCAAUCAUGCUCAAGGUUAUUUGAGUAUUCUGUGCAGAUUAAUUUUUACUGGGUUUUCAUUUGAGCUGUGGUUCUCCCAGUUAACCUUCUCAAACCCUUGCAAACUUUUAACAAAAAGAAUUUUGAUCUGUGUGAUUUUAAUUUUGUUGACUAAUAACAAGUUGUUAAGCAGGAUACAAACAGCUGAGUAAGAUGAUAAUGUAUUCCUUCACGCCUUCAGUUAGCAAUACUGACCCACAUAGUUUGACUAUUUCACCACCCCCCCCCAUCCCCCCACUCCCCACCCCGGUGAAUAGAGGUCAUUACCUGAGCUUCCCGUGGUGUUUUAAAAGGGUUUUUCGAGGAGAAAGGCAUUUUCCUGAAUAAAAGGAGACGAAGGUAGAGGUAAUGACAAUCCUGCUAUUUGAAAAAACGAAAAAUAGUGAAAGGCUUCAGGAUACGAGCCAGCGUAUCAAAUAUUUCUUUCAGCGGAGGCCCCCGUGAAUAUAGAACGCGACACGCAUAUCCAAUAUGGCGGUCUUUUUCUAGUGGAGAAUUGUUUUAUCUCACAUGUGAGUAUAGGUAAUUUGGCGUCAUAUUUUGGACACUGACCGGUAUAACGACCUAAAAGAGUUAAAGCCAUCUCUGUUUAGAGGGGUAAUGCAUUGUGGAUGGUCACACUGAGCGUGCGGAUUCGCUUUGGGCACCACAGAAACUUGUGUUUGAAUACAGUUACCGCCAGCGAGUUCCCGCUAUCGAAGCAUCUAUUGUUCGCUAAAUGUCACGUUGUGGGAUUCUUGGAGGGUUGGCUUGUACACUCGAUUAAGAGGAUAAGAUAUUUUCAUGGAUUAUCAUGAGUGAUCAAGGAACCAGUGAACAAGCCAUCAAUGGACCUAAAUGCAUUGAAAUUCCACGAGGCUGGAGCCGGAUUCUUGAAAAUGGUUCCAUUUUGUACAUCAGGUAUGUCGUAUUUGUGGCUUUUUCAUCCACUGUCUUUUUUCUGCGUGUGAAUCGAUGAAAGAUUAACUUCAUCUGAGCAGUAGCCUAAACUUGGUUAAUUUCACUCAUCCUGUGAACUGUCAAUGGAAUCUCUUUAUUAUUAUUAUUAUUUGACGGCGCUCUGUCGGAGCAUAAUAAACAAAUUGAAUUUCAGCAAAUACAGUCUGAAAGUCUUACAGUAAACCAAAAUCUGAUUCCACAAAACUUUUUUCUUCGGCGUUUCUACGUUGAAUUUACUUCUGCCGGCCCUCAAGUAUCUGUUGCGAUCGAUAUAUUUUUGUUCGCAAAUUUUCACACACCGAAUGUUCCUUUUUUGCAUUGUAGGGUUUCUAUGAUAUUUUUUUUAUUGCCGUGGCUUUAUUCAAACAUUCCUCUCGAACGCGGUGCUUGAUAUUUCUAACUAAUCGAUCUGAUUUGAGAAUGAAGUUUGAAUGAAAGAUAAUUUUUUUUCUGUAAAUAGGAUCACGUAUAAGAGAAAAACUUAGUUAUUUGAGUUUUGAUAAAAAGUUGAAAAGCAGGCAAUUUAUUUUAACAUGUGGAAAUGGUAUAUGUUGAGAAGAAAAGGAAUAUUUGUUUUCUUAAUCAUGCCAAUUGUAGUAUUGGAAGGCCUUACAAACCCUUAUUUUACAUAUUAAAGCAUAGCCUCUCCUACUAGAAUAGUCCUUGGCACAUAGGAAUAUUACCUUUUACUUGACCAUCCUAGUAUUUACUAAUAGAAAAUAACAAUAUAACAUUUAUUGCACACCAUCACAAAAAUAUGAAACACACAAGGAAACACUUUUCCUGAUUUUUGCCUGACUAAAUAUACAUGUUCAGUAUUGUCAAACUAGGGAAAUGGGACUGGGGGUUAACCAGAUUCUGAGACAAAUAUAUGAAAAUGGGACAAAGAUUGUGCUGAUCUGAGUUGUAAUUCACCUCUCUGACAAACAAUUUAUAUGUAAAACAGCACUGGAUUAUAAAUAUAUCGUAUUAGAUGUUUUGGUGCAUAGUAUCACUGAGUAUUGUUACAAGUUGUGCUGUAUUUUGACUUGCCCAACAGGCUUGUGAAAAUACAAAUAACAAGUGAAAAUACUCAGCAAUACAACACACCAAAAUGUCCAGUAAGUUAUUUAUCAUCCAACUGCUUUUUUUCUGCUAAGCCUUUCUACUCAUUUCUCACAAGGCUGGAAAAGCAAAGUGGAUAGAAAAGUGUAGCGUACAAAGUGGACUGGUUAAACAUAGUUUUUACAGUAAAAAAUAACCAACUGCACAAUGUUGCAGGAUAUUUGUACUCUAUUUGCAAAUUAUUUGUACUCUACUUUGCACAGUUGGAUAAUAAUCUGUUUAAUUAGCAGGAUUGGGAAAAAUGGUUAAAAAUUUGUCACUGAACUCUUGCCGUGAUGUGUUUGUUUUAUGAUUGCUAUUUCCAUUUCAAGGCCAGAACUAUGUGGUCAUUAAGGCAGACAUGGAAACUACAAUUAUUGCUUUUAUUGAAAAGUGAAAAAACUGCAUUAAGAACAUCUGUCAAAAAAAGUCAUUUUCAUAGGUGCUUGACCUUCAAAUUAUAAUAUCUAAUUAAAGUAAUUUUCACUUUUGGUGAAUCUUUGUAUUUAUGUAUCUGUAAAUUGAUAGAGUAUUCAUUUAAUUUUUUUUUCUUAAAUGAGUUUCCAUCAAUCAUUUCUGAAAUAUCAAGCCCAGUUUGUCAGUCACAAUUAAUGUCAAUUUCCAAUAAUGGACUUUCCUCUGCUAAUGUUAUUACAGCUUGCUUUAAUCACUGGAAAUCCAUUUAAAAUGAUAUUUGACUUUUAAGGUUGUGUAGCGGUAAAAUUGAAAGGUAUAUUCAUGGUCUGUUUGUGUUAAAAAAUAAGCACUAUUAUUGUAAUGAUUACAUUUUACUGUUUUCUGAGAAAAGUAUUUUGUUCCUGUUAGGCCAGUGAAAAAUGUAGUGAAAGGUGACAGAGUGCAAUAGAAGUUAUGAAGUCCAUUCUUUAAGUGUCUAUGAAAAACACUAGGAAAGGUGUUAUCUUAUUGUCCUAUUUCCUCUAGAAAUCGUUAGAGGAGAAUUUCUGCAUUUUCUUGUGCAGUAAUUUUUGUGGGAAUAGAAAAAGUGUAAAAUAUUUGUUUAAACUGGCUCUGCAUUUGAAUUUCUCAGAUUGCAUUUAGAUUUUCAAAAAAUCAUAGCAUAUUAAAUACACAAAUGUUAAAAAAAUUUCCACCUGAUCAUCACUGAAUUUUUUAUAAAGAAGCUUAUUUUCCUUUAGACUGAUUUUAAUAUGUUUAACUGAAUUAACUUUAAGUUUUUAUUAUCUUGCCAUUUUUUUUUUAAACAAUACAUACACAUGAACAUCUUUUCUAUUUAUUUCCUCACAUUGUUUAAGUAAAUUUACUCACUUCACUAAAACUUCAAGACCUUUUGGGUACUCAGCUAACAGUAACUAUUAGCACCCUAACAUCUGUGUGUAAGUUCAAUAUGCGUUCUCUAUAUAUUUCCGAUAUUACUUAACAGGAGAAUUUGACUCAAAGUCAAGAGCUUCUUGAGUUCACAAUCCCUUCCUUCCUUUAUUCUCAUGACCUUAAUGUUUGAUUCAGGGGUGAAACUGUUAUUUUGCUGAUAUUUCUGAAGUUCAAGGAAAUAUUUUGCAAAGAGCCAACAGAAAUAUACUUCCAGAAAAAUUGGCAAAGAAUAUUUUUACUAAUAAUUUCAUUGCUCUUCAGUCCAAACAACAGCCGAUUGAGGUCCUUAGAAAAUGUGAUUGAGUAUCUCAAGACAGAUGGAACCUGUAAAUGUGGACUGGAGUGUCCCUUUUUCAUUCACAAAGUGUUCAACUUUGAUGCAAGAAUUCCAAGCAAGCCUAUUCUAGUGAACAGCAGAGCAGAACCUUUGCAAUCAGGGUGCAAACACUGUGUUAUUGACUAUUUGGAUGUUUCAAACAACCUUCAGCAGUCAUCAGAAGCCACAGGAAAUGAAGCUAGUGAUGCCAAACUGUCAGGAUUUUCAGCAGUGGCCCCUAAAAGAGGUAUUGUAUGUGAACAUUGAUAGGCAAAAAUGCUGUAGAAAAACUAUGAUAGUUUACAGGUAAUUUAGAGUUAACAACUGAGUUGAAAAUGCAAAUUGGCCAUCGUAACGCUCUGACAAAGGGCUAACACUCAAAACAUCAGCUUUUUUACUCUUUAUGGUGGCCAAUUUACAUUUUCAACUUAGUUGUUAACACUAAAUUACCUGCUAUACUCUCCCACCGAUGCAGUACCACAGUUUCUUUGGAAACUUACCCCCUUUAUAUGAUAGUUUACAGUUUAUUUCAAGUGUACUGUGUAUUUUGACUGAGUGUCAUUAAAUUUGAGGAAAAGUGAUAAUCUUUUUGUUACUUGCCAUGAUGGCCCUUUUGGUUGCCUCUUUAAGUAUUGCUUUAAAUAAAUACGCUGUCAAUCCUGUUAUCAAUUUAUUAGCCAUUUUGCUGUGUCAUGUGUUUCAAGCUUUUCUUUUCUUUCCUCUUUCUCUCCUCCUUGUUUCUUAGUCACCAGUAUGUGGGUGAUUAACCCUUUAACUCCCACAAGUGAUUAACAUCUAACUUCUCCCAGCAAUAUCCAUACAUUAUCCAGCCAACAGGUAAUGAGAAUAUUCAAACAUAUCAAUUAGAAGUUGUUGUCUUGAUCUAACACCAAAUUCUUGUAACUAAUUUAAAAGGAAAUAUGUAAUAGCUGGAGGGGGGAAUUGACUAUCAGAUCUUGGGAGUUAAAGGGUUAACACACAGAUUUUAAACCUUUUACUUUGUAACUAAUCUUGACUUUGUUGUGAUGGUAUUGUUUUCAGGUCCAGGAAGACCUCGCAAUCCCUUAUCCAAGUCACGGAGAGUUGCUGUACUAAAGCAUGACCUUGACAGAUCAACCUCACCACUCCACAACAUUCCUCUUCCUGUUCCAAGCUCCAUUGCCAAUAGUCCUGUCCAGAGUGUUCCAGCCAACAUUGCAGUUGAACAGGGCCCCUUGCCAAGCUUUGCGACUAUUGUGAGCAGUUCAAAACUCUUUAACCCAGGAGCAGGCCUGGGGAAUACUAAGUUGGUGAGUAGUACUGUAACAAGUGUGGUAAACGGCUCUCCUAUAGCAGCAGUGACAGCACAUCCAUCAAAGACAGCCACUACAACAGCUAGUGUUAACUCAGCUCCAAGCCACAGUGUCUCAGCAACUACAUCAGCUGUUACUACUUUGGCUACAAUGGGACAGACUGUAAUGGAAGUUACUAAAACUACAGCCUCUGUUGCAACCACAGUAGUUGUCAGUCAUCAGCACACAGCAGUUGCUGCAGCAUCACAACCGAUUAGAGACCAAACAGAAAAUACUCUGCCAAAGAGUACUAGUUCUUUGAUCUUUGGUGCAGCAAAUACUCCCUCAACCAAUUUGCCAUCCAAUAGUAAGGAACCUAGCAGGUUAACAAUAUCAAGUUCAGUGGCAUCAGUGGUGUCCACAAGCACAACAACAAUUUCAACUGGCACACAGGGUGUAAAGUCAGUUGCCAAUAUUAAUAAACUUCCUGAUGUCAAAGCUACACCCAAAGUGUCUGCUCCACGUACCAGCAAAGCAACGAAAUCUUAUGGACCAAGAAAAACAGUUGCAGCGACUCUCAAAGCUGCUGCUGCUGCGAAGGCAUCCAAUCCCUCAGCUGAUGCCGCAAAACCUGGUGUUAGUGACCUUAUUCAACGAACAUAUCAAACGACUUCUACUGCCGCUGCUUCUGGUCCCUCUUCUGAGAAGAAGCUAGCAGCCAGUAAUGCAUCGAAAUCUCCCGCACUGUCUACACCAAGUGUCGCAACUACUGUUCAAGCACCAGCGUUAUUCCAUAGUGUGCUUAAAGAUGCAAUAAUGAAUGAACAAGGUAGCGCUGUUACUUCAACUUCACCAAGUACAACUACUACUGUAAAAAAUAUUACCAGCACAACAAAUGCUGCACUCAAUCACAGCUCAAGAGGAUCUCAGUCUACGAGUAGUGCUUCCUCUCGUAGUAAGUCUGCAGCAAACAAGGAAACAACCCAAGUGACAACGGCUUUGCUUCAUGGCGUCCAAGUGAGUCAUUUACCACCAAGUGUGUCCCAGAAGGUACCAGCUCACAGGCCUUCGCCACAACUGCCAGGAUACCCCAUUUCGUCAGGUGCCUUUGGCAACCAAGCGCCACUUGCAACAACAAGUCAACAGCAGAAUGUUACAGCUGCCACCAUGGCUCAAAGUUCGGCUCAAACAUCAGCUCCUGUGAGCAUCUAUGGACAGGCGCAGCAUACAGCUGGCUCGUCUCAAAUACCAUCCUUGCAGAUCACAGCAUCGCAAGCUCAGGGAGGUGUUUUCUUUCAAGGCAACGGAAAUCAAGUAUUCCAAAUGAAUGUGGAUUCAAGCCAGCUGAAGGGCGCUUAUCAACUUCAUGGAGCACUUUACCAAGGAGCUAUUCCAGCGACAUUUCUUGCUACAACUAAUGUGAACAAGGCUGCAUCAUCUAAUACACCAGGAGGGAUCCCUCAUACGAUGUACCCCACGAACCCCUAUAUGCUUGGCAUUGUGAUGCCCGCUGCCUUAACGCAAUCUAUGCCAAACCAGCCUGGUCAAUCCGCACCAACAACAGCAACGUCUCCAUCAGCAACAGCUGCUGCGGCUGCGGCUGUUGCUGCGGCAACCCCAGUAGCGUCGUACUCUUACAAUAAUCAAAAUGCAGCAAUCGCUGCAGCAUUUGAGUCAUUUGUUCCCAUUGCACCAGCUGCGUCUCCAAGGUUUUCCCAAACUCUGGCUCAUUUAGCAAGUGCGUACACCCCAUUUUUGCCUAGGGGUGCUGUGCAAGGCAACGCCCCAGUGCAAUUUGCUGCACAAAGGAUGUUAUCGAUGGGAACGAUGCAUCCUCAAUCAGGUGGAAACGGUCAAAUGGGGCAGACAGUUCUUAAUCUUGGAGAUUACACCGUUAAAUAUCCACUAAAUACAGCGAAACCUGGAUCAUACGGUACACAAUCACCCUCUGUUAGUAGCGUAAGUCAAGCUAACACUCAUCAACAACAGACAGCUGUCGUUGCUGCAAUGCCAUAUGUCGCGUUCGGCCAAGUCAACCAUCCUCGCUUUCCGUUUUCUGUGAAUUUUGCGGCGCCAAGUGCCAGUACAACUCCGUCCGUGACAUCAUCUUCGCCGUCACCAGCUUGUAGUUUCGUCACAUCUGCCACUACACCUCAUCAAUAUGGGGCCUGUAGUAGCUCAGAUUCCCACGCUGUGCCCGGGUAUGUGGCGAUGCCGUUUAGCACCAGCUCAGGAAGUACAACUCACUCUUCUUCAGCUCCCACCCCACAUCCUGGCAGUGCAUUCUCUCCUCCCUCCAGUCAUACGGCUACAAGCCACAGUAGUCAAAGGAUGGAUGUAUCAGGACCUGCUCCACACCUAUCUUCAUGGUGUGGAACUAAAAGUUUAACUGGAGCAACAAAUCAACGAAGAUGCAGUACUCCUGAGAGUACAAGCACAGGGGCUUGCAGUGUGGCUAAUUCAAGUGCUUUUUCUGUUCCAUCAAGCAGAAGUAGCUGUAUGGAAGUCAGUACUUCGUCUGUGACUGCGCCCAAAACACCAAGUUUCAGCCCGUCGCCCAGGCUUCCUGGAGUUACGUCUCCCUUGAACUCACCACUGACUAUGCUUCCUCCUAAUCAGGGGGUAUCUGCUUGCCGCGCGUCACCAAAGAGUGAUUCAUCCCUCUCAAGCGGUAGAAGCAAUGUAGAAAGCGUUCCGUCUCGUUGUCAAUCGUUAAGUGUGAAUGAAAGUCACCCGACGAAAACGUCUUCAUCUGAUACUUCUUGCGCUCCUAAGAGAGCUUCUUAUAGUGACUCUAGUGAUCAAUCCAAAAAGGCGAAAUAUGAUGAGUCAGCGUAUUAUGAAGCAUAUCCGCUACUGGGUCUGAAGAGAUCUUGUGAGGCUAUAGAAGCGUAUUGCAGCCCAGAGAGAGACGAUGAGGAGGAGGAGGACAAUGAAAUAGGUGAUCGUACGGUGUCAAAAAACGAUUCACCUUCCCCUGUAAACCACCAAUCAGGGGAAGAAAAUGUAACCAGCAAAAAAUGUAGCAACUUAAACAACGAAAACGGCAGCAGAGGUAAGUUAUACUCCUGCCACCAUUUACCAGAGAUGGUUUCUAAGAGAACUCUGAGUAUCGGUCGUACCCUUAAACCUCAGAAGUUAGGGCGAGAUUUUUUUCUAUUUUUCCUUUUUAUUUUUUACGAAAUUAAUACUUUAUUCAGCAAGCAAGCGAUAUGGUGAUUUAAUGCUAAAUUCUCUCAACUAAACUAGUUGGAAAGUGUUAGAAGCUUGGGUGGAGAAUUGCAGACCAGAUCCUGUGGUCAGAGGGCCUAAAUCCGGGUUUUCCCACAUUGGGAGAUAUGAGACGAAAUACAAUUUGGUCAUUGUUCAGCCUCUAUAUUAAGUAAACUGCUGUUCAUUUGAUAUAAUUUGAUAAAGUUCACUUCAUAGCACACUUUUUUGCAGGAUUAGCAAACAGCGACAAUGAACCAGUCAGCGACAAGCGCCAGUCUCACUCGGUGUAUAACGGAGACGUUUCAGCCAAUCAAAAAGAGAGAUCACGAGACCAAAGUGGUGAGAAUAAGCAAAUAGUAGACGACGUAGAAAACUACGUUUGAAUAGGAGGAAACCUGGAAAUAAAAUCUAGGAAGUGAAGAUAUUGUAGUGAGGGAGAAAGUAACUUAAAAAGGAACAAGGAAGGUUGUGAUGGAUAAGAUAAGCUUGAAUUUUUAAGUGUCAAGUUGGAGAAUUUCAGAGAGUAUCCGAGGUGCUUAUCUGCUUGUUACAUGUGCAGGUGCUCUACGGAAUUGCCAGUAACGCGCACGCGCGCAAGAGAGAGAGAGAGAGAGAAUGUGUGUGUGUCUUAAUUGCUUGCUUCCAAUGCAGGAUAUGUGAUGGGGCAACCGUAGUACCAAACAAAAGUUCAUGGGUUCGUCUGUGGUCAUGAGCAUCACGAAUUUUGAUUUCCCGAGUAACUAACUCAAAAACAUCAUCUUUCUUUCCUUUUAACUUUCCAGUACAAAUGGUCACUGACAACGCGUUUCCUAAUGUCAAGACGAAUCCCUUGUCAUCUAACACGCCCAAUAACCAAGAAUGUCUGCGCGGGCCUUCCGUACCCAUUACAAGACCCCAGUUUGAUAUCGGUGAUAUUGUAUGGGCACAGGCGAGGGGACUGCCAUCUUGGCCGGGCAAGGUCGUGGAUGCAAGCGAGGUUGGGAAAGGAAGACCUGAUGAUGGAAAGGUAUCUGGAAAGUAUUUCUUUUCGUAAGUUGACGUGAAGUGUCAAGUUGAUCAUUGAGUUGAUGCCGAAAUGACUACAUUUUCUAUAUCAUUCACUGUAAAUUUACGCUCGCAUUCUUGAGAGAAUGCGGCAGAAUGCAAAUUACGAGUUAGUCCAAGAUUCCAAACUCUCGCUUACCUUUUCAUGAAAAUUUUGAUUUUUCUAUGAAAGUUGUUUCAGCUUGAGGUGAUAACACUCGUUGGGUCCCUUAACAGAGAAAUGUUUUUGUCUCUUAUCUUAGCAUUUUACGAUAAUUCAAUCUCAUAUGGCCUUUAUACCAACUGUGUUUUAAGUGGACUGAAAUUUGAUGAAACUGGAUGAACAACGAGUCUUUUAGAUAGUUCCAACGACGGACAGCAUGCCUCGUCUUUCCCGGUUUUUGCAAUAUGAGGUGACCAAUAAAUUUGCUACUCGCUCUAGAGUCCAGUCCACCACAGGUUUCGCUCGAUCACUUGUUGGUUUCUCAAACAAUUCACACUCCUGAUCAGAAUGGAGAGAGGCACUGGUUCAUACUUCUGGCCAGGGUGGUGAGAGGUAUUUCCCAAGAACAAAUUAUAGUCACCUCGGCCAGUUAUAACGGUCGGACAGCUUGUUCUAGUUUUCAGGCCACCGCAUCUCGCAAAAUUUACGAUGUGAUAUAAUGUAUUUGUACCUGUCAUAUUUCAGCGGUGGGUGAUGUGGUUUGGUGACCAUACAUUCAGUCAAGUUGAAGUGGAUAGACUCAAGACUCUCUCUGAAGGACUUAGAACACUCGACGACAAAGCUCGCAAGAAAAAGUACAAGUAAGUGACGUUCGUAGAUAAGUUACCCAAGAACAACCCGAGUGUGCGCCAAUUGAUGAGCGAACGUUUCCGAACUUGCGCGUGAAUUGAAUAACCUCUCAGGACCUUUCUAGCGCUGUAUUAUUUUAGUUGUCUGAUGUAAAGUUCUAUACAUUUUAGGGCUAAGAAGGCAAGAAUUGGGUUGGAACAAGCAAUUAGUGAGGCUUUAGAGGCUCUCGAUGUGGUGAGUGGAAUACAACCUGAGACAAGCUGUAUAUGUUUGAAUUUUUUUUUUUUCUUUUCUUUUAGAAAUGGCUGGUGAUAAUUUUCUGUGGUUUGAAUUUAAGCGUUUCUUUUAAUUAUAUGCUUUCUGUGUUUUUUGAAUUUAGAGGGAACGUCUUCGAGGUAGGCAAGGUGAGUUAACCUCGUCUCAAUAACUCUUUUUUCGAUGAAACUUAGGAAUUCUAAUUCGUACUCGACAGCAGCCGGUGAACUGCCGAGUAAACACACGGAGAUCAACUUUUUGUUGUAAGUGUUUGCUCGAAUUCUUGACACAUAGCGGCGCGUCCAAUACGGGGUCAUGUCAUGUGUCAUGAAUAAAGGAAAAAACUGAAAUUACAAAUAAAAUUUUAACCUGGCCAGUUCUGAAUUUGUAUAAAUAUGUUAACUUAUCUAUCUCGCGAGUAAGCUACAAUAUACCAAACUUUUAUAUGACAGGCAUCGUGUGUGUACUGCGAGAUUCAGCGAUGUCGAUAACUUCCCGUGGUCGCUUGGUCGUUGAAGCAAUUUUUACGUAACGUUAGAUCUUAUUUGUUAAGUCUUGUUGUUUUCUAAUGGUCUUUUGUUUUUUUUUGUUUUUUUUUAGCUUCCAGAUCGAAAGCCAAAAAGAAACGCCUUAGAUGACGACGCAAGCAGCAAUUGAAUCGUAUUUGAAUUCUUUUUAAGUGGGUCUCGUAGAAUUUGUGCUUAUAUUAUAGACAAGUAGUAAUAUAUUACUGGUACUAAACCAAACACGCAAGCUAAGUACACAGGAAGUUAGUGGUUAUGAAGUACUCAUUUACUACAAAUAACUUUUUAUCUUUAGAGCCAAUUUUUUGAGCAGGAAGAGAAACAGAACCUUUUCUCCUUAAUGAGUUUCUUAGCAAUUAAUCCUAAUUCUGCAAUCUUUUAUAGACUUAAAAAACGCAGGAAAACUUAAUUGACAUGUAAUAAUUUCAAUCAGGGCCAUGUGUAUAAGUAUCUUUAAAAAAAUUGAAGCAAAAACGUGCAGCCGACCCUAUGUCAUUUAAUUGGCUAAGGGGACGAUGGUCACAGUAUGAUAUGCGUAUUCUGCUAACCAGUAACUCACGGUUAGAAAACUGGGUCGAGUACUCGAAGUCGAGGCUUUAAUCUAUAAGGCAAACAAACUCUUCUUUUGUGGUUUGACAUGUGUCUUCUG